AUGUCUGAAUAUAUUUCUAUGCAAAAUGGUCUUGGACAAGCAAAUAUUUCAACUUUAACUUUACUUGCUAAUUCUUUAAAUGAAUUUAUACAUCAUUCUCGAAAAUUUAAUUUAACAGAUAGGAAUGAAAAGGAAGACCUUAGUCAAUUUUUACUUCAAGAAUCAUUACCAAAUGUAAUUAUUAAAAUAAUUGGUAUAAAAAAUAAAAAAAUUAGACAUACAUUCAGAGCAUCAAUUCAAAAAAUAUUCAAACAAAUUAUGUGUAAUUUAAUGGAACAAACUAAUAUUUGGCUUUUAAAUGGUACUAGAGAAAUGCUUGAUUUAGAAGAAAAUGAAAGAGAAUUGGUUGAGAAUGAUGAAGACAAUCCUAAUAUUGUUAUAUGUAAAUCAUUUGGUAAAUCACAAAUAAUAAUGUAUCAUUCUUCAGCCUAUCAAUUUAUUGAUAAAACUCUUUCUCGAAUUCAACAACAACCAACAUCUUCUCAUAUUCCUAUCAUUAAUUUACUAAUCCAAGGUGAUGAUUUAACUAUCGAAAAUAUGAUUGAAAAUAUUUCUAAACGUAUUCCAACAAUCAUCUUAAAAGGUACAGGAAUGAUUGCUAAUCAAAUAGCUGCUCUAUAUGAACCGAUGAGUAAUAUUUAUGAUGAAACAUCAAAUGAACAAAUAUUAUCGGAAAAAGAUCUUCAUCGACUUAUCAAUAUGAAUGAAAAUACACGUACACUUAUGUUUGUUUGUCAACCGGGUAAAGAUGAACUUGAUGAAAGUAUUCUUCGAGCUAUCAGUACAGCAAUACAAAUUAUUGAUAAAGAUCAUGCACGUAUUCGUAAAUUAAGUUUUGCUAUGCGAUGGAAUAAAAUAAAUUAUGCUCAAAUUUAUAUUCUUAAUCAUAAUACGAUUAUAAACUGGACAGAUGAAGAAUUAGAUAAAUGUCUUGAAAUGGCACUUGUUUCGAACGUUGUACCAUUUGUUGAAUUAUUAUUUGAAUAUGGAGCAUCAUUAGAACGUUUAGCUCUUAUUAGUGAUUCAGAUCUUUUUAAAAUACAAUCUGAUAAAAGAAAAAGUCAAAUUGCUCAAUUUAUAAUUGAAACUAUUCCUAUUAUAAUAAAUCUUGAUUCAGAUAAACGUGUUCAAGCUUAUGUUCGUCUUUUAUUCUAUUGGGCUAUUGAAAAUCAAUAUUUUGAACUUGCUAUGAGUAUUUGCACUCGAUUAGAAGAUUCAAUUAUUGCUAUGUUACUGGUUAGUCAAUGGUGUCAAUAUAAAGAACUGAAUGAUUAUACAACUUCAGAUACUUAUCGAAUACAUCGUCGACAAUUUGAUAUGUAUGCUGCUGAUAUACUCGAUCUUUGUUAUGAUGAUAAUAAAGAAAAUACUAUUAAAUUCUUACAUGAAAAAUCCAUUUUAUAUCAUGAUCAACAAUCAUUAGUUCUUAUUGAUGAACUUUGCUCGAAAACUUUAGUAUCAACUGAUUGUAUGCAAUCUUAUAUGAAUACGAAAUGGUAUGGAACUGAAUUUCAUCAAAAUAAAAAUUUCAUAUGGGAAAUACUAAUCUGUCUUGUGUGUAUUUGUCCAAUAUUAUUAUUCAUUCCAAUUAUACACAAUCGAAUUUUUCAACGAAAUAAAUUCGAUACAAAUGGUUAUAAUUUUUGGAGUAAAAUAACAAACAAAUUUGAACUUUUCAAUCGAUUUUAUCAUGGAAAUGCAGUUAUUCGAUUUCACUACAAUAUGGCAUCAUACACUGCGUUUUUGAUUUUAUUUAGUUAUACAAUUUUAUUUGAUUAUUUUCCAUUGAAUAUUUAUAAAGAAAAACGUUCAAAUAUUUAUCGAUUACCUAUUCCAUUAACUGAAAUAAUUCUACAUAUAUUUCUUGCAUCAAUUGCUCUCGAAGAAAUUCGACAAGUUUUCUUACAUGUUAAAUCAGCUUUGAUUAAAUCUCCUUAUUGGAAAAAAUUAUCUGAAGUAAAUCGUCAUCGAAAUACAAUAUGGUCAUUUUAUAGAAAUGAUCCUUGGAAUGUAUUAGAUUUUGUUGCUUUUACACUUUGGAUUGUCGGGUUUAUUACACGUUUUAUUGUACGAGAUCAUGCAUUCGAAGUAUCUAAAAUCUGUAUGAGUAUUGAUUUAUGUUUAUGGUACAUGCGAUGUUUACAUGUAUUUCUCGCUUCAGAAAGAUUGGGACCCAAGUUAUUAAUGAUAUUUCAUACGAUGAAAGAUUUAAUGUCAUUUUUAUUUUUUAUUCUUAUUUUUCUCUCUGCUUAUGCGAUAACAACAUAUUCAUUGAUAACUACAUCAUCAUUUGUUAUAUGGACAAACUCAACACAUUUUACAACUGUACAAAAUGGAGGAAAUUUAACGAAUAUAGAAAUUCUUCGAAAUAUUAUUGAAUGGGGUACAUGGAAAAUAUUUGGAAGUACAAGUUUAACAACAAGUGAUUCCGUAGAAAUGAAAUAUACAGCAAAAAAUGAUGCUUAUGGUUUUGUAACUUUAAUUUUAACAAUAGCUUUUUUAGUUGUUGCCUAUGUUCUUUUAUUAAAUAAUUUAAUUGCUUUAUUUAACUUUACAAUUCAACGUGUUCAUGGUGAAUCACAUCGAACAUGGUGUUAUCAUUUUUAUGUUGUUUUAAAAGAAUAUGAAGAAAAAGAUAUGUUUGUUCCACCAUUGAAUUUAUGUUUAUGGCCAAUAAGUUAUUACAUGCGGAAAAGAUUACAUGACAGCACGAAGAAAAGAAAUAACACUUUUAUUGCUCAUGGUAAUUACGAUGUAAAACAUAUUCGUAAACAACAACAAAGAAUUGCUGAACAAUAUUGGAAAGAAAAACAAAUUAGUAAAGAUGGAUCAAUUCAUCAACGACCAUAUGUAUGUCGACAAUGUAAAUGUCGUGGAACUGAAGCUGAUUAUAUUGAAUCAACAUUUUUAUAA